AUGUCUGCUGGCCGUGCAUUUUUCGGAGUCGGGGGCACCUUGGCGCUGUUCCUUGGCGCCGCAUUCCAAAGGCCGGAAUGGUUUUACCGACCUGGCUUCGAAGCUGCCGACUAUGACUAUGUGCGCAAGGAGCUUUCAUGUCCAGACGUUCGCCUGGCAGAUCUCGACCUGCCAUGUUUGUCUCUGCCAAAGACAAGUCUGGCUGACUUCGAGCGCCAGGGCUUCCUGAUUCUGCGACAGGCCAUUCCACUUGAAGCUGUGCAUCGACUCUUCCGAGAGAUUCAGUGCUUUUUGCAGCCACGGGUGUUAUCCGACCGACACCAGUGGGCAGUCUCAGCCCGCAAUGUGUGGAUGGAUUCGGAGGCAUUCGCGAGCUUCGUGCUCCAUGACCAGAACCCCUUGGGAUGCCUGGCAGCGCAGCUCCUCGGAGCCAGCACGGUCCGCUACGGCAGCGAGGCUGUGAAUAUGAUUCGUCCGGGCCAGACCGGAGCCAAGACAUGGCAUUUCGACGUCCAGAGCAACCUCCGACUCGAGCAAUCACCGCGAGGCCUGCCGUUGCUCCGUUUCUUCCUGCCUCUGGGGCCGCAGGACUUGUCUGCGAAUUCGACUGGGGGGUCGCUGCAGCUGUUGUCCAUCGAGGCAGUGAGACACCUGCGGCGCAGCUACAAAAGCUGCUUCGUUGACCGUGAACGUCGCCUGGUCAUUGGCACUGAGUGUGCUGUGGCAGCCGAGGCCAUGUCAGAGACACCAGAUCUUUCACUCGGAGACAUGGUGCUGUAUAGUCCGCUAGUCGCGCACAAGACACAAACGAUCUACCAAGGUGAGCGCACGGGCUAUCUUGGAAGCCUUUACGAUCCAGAGCUGCUGACUCGCUGGGUGCGCCAGGAGCCGGUACCCUCUCAAGCGGAUCCAGAGAGAUAUCGAAACUCGGAUGCAAGCCUGGCAACACAUCGCUUGUUUCACGUCGAGCUCCAGAGACCUGCAGGCGGAUGUUUCUUUGCGCAUGUCGGGGUGCCACAAGGCCGUCAGGCUCAAGACUAG